AGGGGCCGGCGCAUUGUCAAAUGUACAGAAACCCCUAGGGCCAGGAAAUCAAUAUGCAGAGAUCACCAUUCUUCGGCCCGAACUAGCUGGUAUCCGUGGUUCAAAUGUACCCAUUCAAAGUCGUCAUAUCACUAAGUGAUCUGGUUCUACCGCAAGUAUCACGCUGGCAGAUAAAUGGGUUCAAAAUUGCAUAAAAGAUGCAGCCAUUCAACAGAUUUAGCUUCGAGCUUGCCAUCACGAUUGCUCAAAAUUAAUUUCUCAAAAAUGAAACAUCGUUACUACAUUCGUCUUUGCAAUAAAAACAUACCGCCAAAUUCCAAAUAUGCAACACUAAGUCAUGUAUGGGGAAACGUCAAUUUUGUUAAACUGCUCAAAAGCAACCUCGCGUCUUUCAAAGAAGACAUACCAAUGUCCAGCCUGUCCAAAACCUUUCAGGAUGCAAUUAAACUGGCCCUGAGAUUCGGAUUCCAUUACCUAUGGAUCGAUUCCUUAUGCAUUAUUCAAGAUAAUGGCGACGAUUGGUUAAAAGAGUCUGCUCUUAUGGCCAGUAUCUAUGGUGGUUCUAGUCUUAACAUCUCCGCCACUGGAGCACAAAAUGGUAACGAAGGGUUGUUCUUCGAGAGGGAUUUGAAUUCGAUUCGGACCGUAAAUCUAAUGACGCAAGUGGAAGGCCAGAAGAACUGCUCUGGGCUCAAUGACUCAAAUGGAGACAAUUCAAGGCUUGCGUGGGUUUGUGUAGAUGGAUCUAUGUAUGGGCGAGCAUGUCGUGAGUCACCAUUGUAUCAAAGAGCGUGGACCUUUCAAGAACGUUUCUUAAGCCCUCGCACUCUACAUUUGGGAAACCCCCAGAUUAUAUUUGAAUGCCAUACACGCAUACACUAUGAAACAUUUCCAGAGACUAGGACAACUAAUUUUGAAGAGAGAGGCACUGUGGAAUCCCAAUAUCACACUUUUCGUCGUGCUUGGUCAAUCAUAGUUGGAAACUAUUCGAAAAGCCGACUGACAAUAAGCAGUGACAAGCUUAUAGCAUUGUCCGGCGUUGCUAAACAUUUUGCCAACAAAUAUAAUGUUGAAUAUCUCGCAGGAAUAUGGAGGGAGCAUUUGCCCCUCGCUCUAUUAUGGUCAGUAGACGAUAAGAAUGGAACUGGGUCACUUCCACUUCGGGGACCAAGUUGGUCUUGGGCAAGUAGGAAUGGAUCUAUAAGAUACGAUAGGUUAUACUCUUUUGUCACAACGCCUUAUGAUGACCGCCCGAGCCCUUGGGAGGCAAAUGAUUUUAAGAUUCUAGAUGUUCAGGUUCGGACUACACCUGAUUUAUACGGCCAUUGCCUGUGUGGAACAAUGCGUAUCGAAUGUGUCAGUCUACUGGAUGGAACCGAAACUUCUGGCGGGUUGUAUCCAAAUAGAACCAGCAAGACCGUGCAUAUCGGAGAGGGAUCAUUCAGUAUCAAUUAUUAUUUUGAUGACUGGAGAGAUCACCAUAAAAUAUAUCUACUAAAGAUAUUCUCAAGGAAAAUGAUGGGAAAUUCGAAACUUUCUUAUCAAAGGAGCCGAAACGCUCAAUGGGGAGCUCUAUCUCUUUUACCUCAAAUAUCUGGUGUACAUAACUGUGAAGAGGGGCUAAUAAUAGCUCCAGUCGCCAGGAAGAAGGGGAUCUUCACACGCGUAGGGGUAUAUCAAACUCCAGGCUAUAGUGGAACUUUGCAAGACUUCGAGAACAUGAGAAAUAAGGGUAGGCUUUCACUUGAGAAUGAGCUAUCAUUAUAUCAAGAAGUAUCAGGGGUCAAUAAAGCAGGAGAUCAAAUGUAUAUUAUCACUCUUAUCUAACGAGAUCAAACUAUCUUCACCGCAAAUCACAAAUUCCUUUUGCCAGAUGC